AUGGGCGUGGAUGUCUUGAGCAUCGAUGGUUUCGAGUGCGCUGGCCAUCUUGGCGAGGACGACAUCCGUGGGUUCGUACUUCUUGCUCGCACCGCACAAGAGCUCAAGAUUCCAUACAUCGCGUCAGGAGAGAUCGCCGACGGGCGUGGUCUGGCUGCUGCCUUGGCACUGGGCGCUGCGGUGGGUAAUCCUAUCAUCAUGAUGCUGGUGAAAGCCGCUUUAGUUGGCGGUCAUGGAGGAGUGCGAUGCGCCAGAGGGACGCAAUAG